GAUCAUACACAUCAUUCAACCAAACAACAAAUUAUACACUCAAAAUAUAUACCAAACCCUAGUAAUUAAGCUCAGUGAUAGUACAUCCUUAAAAUUUACUACACUUCAAUUCCCUAUCAACUCUUUUAGACAAAAUGGAAAGAGGUGGUUAUGGUUCCGAAAACACCGGCUAUGGUGCCACUGAAGGCAACCGCUAUGGCUCUGGAGGCUAUGGUGAAACUGAGACAGAAGGCAACCGUUAUGGCUCUGGUGGUGGUGGUGGCGGCUAUGGUGAGUCAGAAGGCAACCGCUAUGGCUCUGGUGGUGGUGGUGGUGGCUAUGGUGGUGAGACAGAAGGCAACCGCUAUGGUUCCUCAGACUACAACACUGGUACCGGUGGUGUUGGUGGUGGUGGGUAUGGGUCCACUGAGGGUAACCGGUAUGAAUCCGACAACACCACCGGUGGUGAGUAUGGUGGUGAGACGAAAAAGUAUGAAGAGGAAGGUGGCUACAAAAAUAGUGAUGAGAUGAGUAGUGAAGAGCCAGCUAGGGAUUAUGAUAAGGAAGAGAAGAAACAUAAGCAUCUUGAACAACUUGGUGGCCUUGGUGCUGUUGCUUCCGGUGCUUAUGCUAUGUAUGAGAAGCACCAAGCAAAGAAGGACCCAGAGAAUGCACACAAGCACAGGAUAGCUGAAGAAGUGGCAGCUGUUGGGGCGGUCGCGUCCGGGGGUUUUGCUUUCCAUGAGCAUCACGAGAAGAAGGGUGUUAAGGAGGAUCGAGAGGAGGCCGAAGAGGCGGAGGGCAAGGAAAAGAAGCACCAUUUCUUCUAAUUUUAAUCAACCCCUUUAAAGUUUAAUAUACUAUGCUUUUUUUUUUUUUUUUUUUUUAAAUGUUUUAAUUUUCCCUUAAAAACAAAACAAAAAAAAAAAUGGUUUUUAUUUUGGUACUCUUUUUAUUGUAUUGUCAUGGGGAAAAUUAAAACACUUAUGUUGUUAAUUGGUGUUUAAGUGAUAAGCCUCAUGUUAUUAUCUUAAUUAGUUACAAUAUUAUUUGUUGUAAUUAAGUUCGUGAAUGAUAAAUAUUAUUUGUUGUAAUUAAGUUCGUGAAUGAUAUGUUUGGCUUGUAUCUUUAGUUACUUAUCACCAAACAGGUUAUAUCUGGUUGAUUGUAAUUAGUGAUGUGUUAAUAAUAAUAUUAUUAUUAUUACUUGUAGUA